AUGGCCGAAAAGACUCGGAUACCCGAAUCGGCACAACCGGAUGAUGCCGUGGGAUAUUUGGCCCAUGCAGAGACAAACAUUGAGAUCAAUUAUGCCGCCGUCAUGGGAUUGAAAAGGGAUCUUAGUCUCACAGGCAACGAGUUUUCCAACACGGCCACCUGGUUUUUCAUUACCUACUUGAUCGCCGAGGUACCUAAUGUGUAUUUUUUACAAAAAGUUCCAGCAGCAAAGUGGUUGGGUGUGAAUGUCUUCCUAUGGGGUGUUGCUGCUGCUGCUUCAGCUGGUAGCCAGAAUUAUGGGGGUCUUCAGUUCUAUACCCGCAGUGAACAAGCCCCUCGCUUUAUGUUCUGGUAUACAGGGUUGGGUGUAGCUCAGAUCCUUGGUGGUAUCAUCUCCUAUGGGUUCCAACAUGUCCAGAAUACGAGCAUAGAUGGCUGGCGCAUCAUGUUCCUGGUGAUGGGCCUGGUCACUAUGCUUGUAGGUGUAUUGUCAUUUUUCUUUAUUCCCGAUACCCCAAUCAAAGCUUCCUGGCUGUCUGAUAGCGAGAAGGUCGCUCUGUUACAGCAUGUCGGUGAGAACAAGACUGGAGUAUGGAGCUCCAAGGUGAAUAUGAAGCAAAUAUGGGAGGCCUUGAUGGACAUACAGCUCUGGCUCUUGACUUUGACAACUAUCCUGAUCUCAAUCUCAAGUGGAGUAGUCACCACAUAUUCCGCAACCCUCAUAUCAGGCUUCGGCUUUUCAGGUCCUAUAUCAGCCCUCCUGAAUACACCAUCUGGUCUGAUUAGUAUCGUCUUCACCCUAGUUGUCGGGUAUGGAAUCCGCAAGUUUUCCCACCGCUGGGCCUGGCUUGUCUUCUGUACAAUCCCAGGUAUCAUCGGCGGUGGACUCAUGUCAUUCCUACCCAAGUCUAAUACUGCCGGUGUACUUAUGGGUCUCUACCUGGUGAAUGCUAUCGUUGCAACUCUUCCUAUUCUAUAUCAGUGGACCAUGGCCAACUGCGCAGGUCAUACCAAGCGCGCCUUUGCAAGCGCCCUCGUCGCCGGGUCCUUCUCUGUUGGGAACAUUAUUGGGCCGCAGACUUUCCAGGCUAGCGAUGCACCAGAGUAUCAGCCUGCUAAGAUUUCUGUUCUUGCGACGCAAGCUGCUGCGGCGGUUGUGGCUGUUGCGCUUUUCUUGUACUACAUGUGGGAGAAUCGGCAACGCGAUAAGAAGCAGGGAGUUGAGAACGAGGCUGUAGCUGAUGAGAAGUGGGCCGGACUUACUGAUAAACAGAACUCUUCUUUUCGGUACGUUUACUAG